GGGUUUAGUUCGUACGCGAGCGCUGACAGGACAGCAUCUCACUAUCACAUAAGAGCGCAGCUCAUUGCCGAUCUCGUGAGAAAAACUUUGUUUUUAACGAUAUUAAUUCUGUGGAUGCUUGUAGAGAGAAAUUUUGAAUUUCCCGCGCAAUUGCGUGAAUUGUGCGUUUUGUCAUCGAAGCGGUGCAGUUUGACGAUUUACAAGUGCGCGGAUAAGAACGAACAGUAGCCGGUCGAAAUGUCGCGAAGUCAGUGCCAGCAGCUGUGGGUUUCGCGGCGGCAGAGUUAAAAAAUUCGAAAGACAGGAAUCGCAGGAGUGACGAUAUAGAGAUAAUCGACGCGGGAUAAGGGAAAAACAAGUGCAUCGCCGACUCCUCGCCGUCGAAGCUUCUGUCUUGAGGAUCUAUCGUAUAUAGGCAGUCGAGACAAACCGAAGGAAGCAGAGAUGCGUCCGGCGAUAAUUGACCUGCUCGUGCCGCUGCUGUUCCUGCUUAUCGUCGGCCUUAAUGGGGUCCGAGCAAAUUGGUGGAUGCUUGGCGUGGAACCGCGGAUAAUAUCCCACGCGGGUCACGAAGUCGGCGUGGACAUCCCAGCGCAGAUCGGAGCUGGGGUCAUAGGUCCAGCGAGCGCUGAACGCAACUGCAAGAACUCACACCUCACGGCCAAGCAGCAGGUGAUCUGUGUCAGAUCGCCUCCGGUUCUUCAGGCGAUCAGCGGAGGCGCGAGAUUGGCCAUCGAGGAGUGCCAGCAUCAAUUCAGAUCGGCGCGAUGGAACUGCACGAUAAAUCCCGAAAGCAGCGACAACAUCUUCGGUGGUGUGAUGUUAGUCAACAGCCGAGAGGCAGCGUUCGUCUACGCGAUUUCAGCAGCCGGUGUCGCCUACAGCGUGACCAGAGCCUGUUCCAGGGGUGAGCUGACCGACUGCUCCUGCGACAACCGCGUCAGAACGAGACAGCACUCGAGCAACUGGCAGUGGGGCGGUUGCAGCGAGGACAUUCACUUCGGCGAGAAAUUUUCCCGCGAAUGGUCAGAAGCUGGCGAGGAGCCGGUGAAGGACGGCGCGAUUCACGGACCCGAAGGCUUGGCUGGUCUUCUCAUGAGGAAACACGACAACGAGGCUGGCAGACGUGCCGUUCGCUCGAGGAUGCAGCGAGUCUGCAAGUGUCACGGAAUGUCGGGCUCCUGCAGCGUCCGGGUAUGCUGGCGAAGGCUGCCGGCUUUCCGCGUAGCCGGCACAGCACUGUUCCAGCUGCACGAGGGAGCAGCUCUGGUGAGACUGGCCCAGAGGGGUAGUCGACGACCAGCGAGGCUCAGGCCCGCCAGACCUGAACUCAAGCGACCCAACAAGACCGACCUCGUCUACCUCGAGGACAGCCCUGACUACUGCGAGCGAAAUCUCACGUUGGGCAUCCCAGGCACCAGAGGCCGAAUCUGCAACCGCACGAGUCUUGGUCUCGACGGCUGUCGGCUGCUCUGCUGCGGUCGGGGCUAUCAGACUCGAGUGCGCGACGUCACCGAGAAGUGCAACUGCCGCUUCGUCUGGUGCUGCGACGUCAAGUGCGAGCUCUGUCGACACACGCGGGAAGAGCACGUCUGCAACUAAAUUCGUACACACGCAUACACGAAUCGACUAUACAUCAUUGACAGGACACUGCCGAGCUUUCGAGCGAGACGAGAACCACCUUUGUACAAAAUUUGGUUCAGACGCGUUUUUCCCUUCUGUCCACCUUGUAACGACUGCACGCGCGGAGAGAGGCUACCACACAAAUUUCUAUGUUUAGACGAAUAUAUGAUAUGCUACAUUUACGUAUAUUAUGAUCAUACAAUAUGAUUGCUCGUAAACACACACUAUUACGUAUGUAGACCCGAGAAGAACGAGACGAUCGACGUCGCAUGCCAAUGAGAUAUAAUGUGUACAUACUCCACUUUUUUACUUUGUCAACGUACUUAUAUCAUAGCCGUGUAUAUACUUAUAUAUUAUAUAUAUAUAUAUUUGCGUAGUAACAUUAUUGCACGCGUAUAACGAAUGUCACACGUAAUAUCUAGACCGACGUAUGAUCGUUUAAUUUCGCGCAUGCCAAACUA